GCACUAUACCCGCAGUUCCUCAUAUUUACUCCUCAUGGUUUGUUUCAUAGUUAAAGAUGGCGGACUCCGAAGAGCCAAAAACAACCUGCAAGUUUCUUUUUAAGAAAUCAAACAAGAUAUUUUCUGCACGGAAAAGAAAUGCAAGUGAUAGCGAUAAAGACAGAAGUAGCGGCGAGGAGGGCAGUGCUGUGGUCAGAAAGAAGAAAGCUGCUGUUGCGAACCCCAUGAUUCAGAAAACAAAGAAAGUGGAGAGGGAAGAAGUCUCAUCGAGCGAAAGUGAAGAGGAGAAAGAAGACAAGAAUGUCACCGUCUCUUACAGGUCGACUCGGUCAGCGAAACCAGAGGGACCAGAUGACAUGGGGGCCACUGCUCUUUAUGAGUUGGACACAGAGAGGGACAAAGAUGCUCAGGCCAUUUUUGAGCGCAGCCAGAAGAUUCAGGAGGAGCUCUCUGGUAAAGAAGACGAUAAAAUUUAUCGCGGCAUCAACAACUACCACAAAUACAUUAAACCCAAAGACUCCACCAUGGGCAACGCUUCCUCUGGUAUGGUCAGGAAAGGACCAAUCAGAGCGCCUGAGCAUCUGAGGGCCACAGUACGGUGGGAUUACCAGCCCGACAUUUGCAAAGACUAUAAAGAGACUGGCUUCUGUGGGUUUGGAGACAGCUGUAAGUUUCUUCAUGACCGCUCAGACUAUAAGCACGGCUGGCAGAUUGAGCGAGAGCUUGACGAAGGACGAUAUGGGGCAAACGAUGAGGAGAACUAUGAAGUGAGCAGCGAUGAAGAAGAUCUUCCUUUCAAGUGUUUCAUUUGUAGAGAUUCGUUUAAAAACCCCAUUAUUACAAAGUGCCGGCACUACUUCUGCGAGGCCUGUGCUCUCCAGCACUACCGCAAAUCUAAGCGCUGUUAUGUUUGUAACCAGCAGACCAAUGGCGUCUUCAACCCUGCCAAAGAGCUCAUGGCUAAGAUGCAGAAACAGCAGGCAGCCGCUGACCAGCCUCCCUCAGAUGAGGACGACUAGAACCACACCGCCUCCCCUUCUGCGUUUUACUUCUGUCAUUCAGAUUCCCUCGGAGUUGUAAAUGUUUAAAACGUUUGAAAUAAACCUACUUUUUUUUUUUGUAGAACGUUUAAGAAAUCUCCCAGGAUAAGAUUUAUAGCUGAUGUUUCAAUAUUAGUUUUUAAUAAUUCUAUGAGAACAGGAAAACCCACACAACAACUAUAACGAUAAUGACACAAAGGAACAAUAUCAUUGUAAUUAAUUUCAGCUGAUGAAGGCUAAAAAUAUUGACAGCCAAUCAGAAUCCCACCUGGCAUUGAAGAACUCGAGCAUUUAAAGAUUGCAGAUGACAUGUCGGUGUGAAUGUCAAUAUAGUAAUCAAUAUAUUUAUCUCGGAGAGGCCUUUAGAUGCUUUGUAGUUUAUCACCAUCAGCUGAUAAUGGAUAU